GUCUAGAAACUCCUCCCCUUUCGCCUUGUGGGUGGCGGGCCUGCUGGGGCCCGUCCCGCGGCGUCGGCUGGGCGCGCUGACUCUCGCGAGGUUUGGGCGCAGAGCAUUGCGGCUCGGAUCGGCGCCAUUUUGGGAGCGCGGCGAGUUGUGUGACUGUGUGUGGAGAAGCGGCAAAAGGAGCUUUCAAAUCUGGGACCCUCCGCUCUCUGCCUGCCGCCGCCGGGACCAGCCAGCCGGGCAGUUUGGAUUAUAAAGGCUGUCCUGGAUAUUUAGAGCCUUUUGCUUCAUUUUGUUGUGGAGGGGGAGAAAGGUGGACGUUGACCUGCAGCCUUUGCUUCAGUUGAAGAGGGGAAAAAAAUAACUGGACGUCGACCUGGAAUUAUGAUUUAUUCAGUCACAUCCUACUCACAAGGCUUCUGAAACUGUCAGAAAACAUCUAAGAAGUAAAUUGAAAGCUUGUGAAGUCUUGAAUUUCUCUACUCAAAAGUACGAGACACCUCAUCCGUGGACACUUUUGUCCACACGGAAUGGAUAAUUAGUUAAAUUUCUUAAGCUUAGCAUACUUCUGCUGUCAAAAUUAAAGGUGGUGUUUUUUUUUUUCUUUGAAUUAAAAAUUUUCAGGCACUGGCUAAGAUACAUUUGAGUCAUAUGCAUAACUAGUUUUGUCAACUGGUUUUAGAUUGCAUUAAAUGUAAUCCUUGCUUGCCGUUUAAGCACGGCUGAAGAGUUUCAUGGCAGAUAUUUUUACCUUCAUUUUAUUUUUUAAAUAUUCUGACACAGCCUUUUUUACUUUGCAAUGAAACCUAUUUUCUAAAUGAAGAAAUUAAUAGAACUUUGUUUUUCUUUUUUCCUUUUAUAUUUUAUUUGAGUUUUUUGGUAAAAUGUUGCCAACAAUCAAUAUGGCGGUAUCCAGAUAGCCAUUGUUUGCAGAUGCCUCUAUGAGCUGAAGCUUAGAAAUGUUCUUCAGUUCAGAUGUGAAAUUUGGCUUUUCAGUUUUACUCUUGGUGUCAUAAAAGUUAUAUUUAUUUCAUCAGGAGCUGAUGCUCAUUACAUUGAGAUGUACAUGGAAUAGUAAAGAGAAGAGGCCGCAAAAAGAUAGAACAAGCUUCUUAAAUCAGACUUGCAAAUUUUGGAAAUAGAUUUGUGAAGGCUGUAAAUGAGAAGGAUGGGUAGCUGAUUUCUGAGAGGAACUCUGUCAAAUAGCUACUGAUGUAGUAUCUUCAAGGACUCUGGCUAUUAUUUCAAGGAAAACAAACUGGAAAAUAUAAAUUACACUGAAUUAACACCUUGUACAGUCGUCUUGGAUUUUGUUUACUUUCAACAGAUCCACUACUGCCUCAAGAAAAAUUUAAGAUGGACAAAACAACCUAGUUCAAAAGGACUUGCCAUGAGGUGCUGAAGCCUUGUUUCACCGAUUUGGAGAGACUGGACCUAAAUGGCGCAGCAUGACUUUGCUCCAGCCUGGCUUAAUUUUCCUACUCCGCCAUCAUCAACAAAGUCAUCACUGAAUUUUGAAAAGCAUUCUGAAAAUUUAUCAUGGACAGAGAAUCGUUAUGAAGCAAACCGCAGACGACACAACUCUUCAGAUGGGUUUGAUCCUAGUAUUGGACGUCCUAAUGGAGGACAUUUUGGGAGAAAAGAGAAAAAUGGUUGGCGUUCACAAGGCAGGAAUGGGACAGAAAACGUACACCACCGUGGGGGAGGAUACCAUAGUGGAGGUUCCCGCUCUCGUACCAGCACUUUCCACUCUGGAAAAAGCCAAGGACUGCUGCAUGAAAAUAAUGUACCUGACAAUGAAACUGGGAAAAAGGAAGACAAGGAAGAACCCAAGCAAUUUGAGGCUGAGGAUUUUCCCUCUCUGAAUCCUGAAUAUGAGAGAGAACCAAACCAGAAUAAAUCUUUAGCAGCAGGUGUGUGGGAAUAUCCUCUGAAUCCAAAAUCUAGAUCUCCAAGAAUGCUGGUCAUUAAAAAGGGUAGUACAAAAGAUUUACAAAUAUCUGGAUUCCCUGUAGUAGGAGGUCUUCAUUCACAGCCAGUCAAGAAUGGAACGGGUACAAGUGUUUAUAAAGGAUUAGUUCCUAAACCUGCUGCUCCACCUGCAAAGCCUGCACAGUGGAAAAGCCAAACAAAAGAGAAUAAACUUGGGACUCCAUUCCCUCAUGAGUCUUCAUAUGGUAUUGGCAACUUUAAUGCUUUCAAAUCAACUGCCAAGGCUUUUAGUGUAUCACAGAAUUCCGUGAAAGAGUGUAAUCGGUCAAAUUCUUCAUCCCCUGUUGACAAACUUAAUCAGCCUCGAUUAACAAAAUUGACAAGAAUGCGCACUGAUAAAAAGAGUGAAUUCUUAAAGGCAUUGAAACAGGAUAGAGUUGAAGAGGAGCAUGAAGAUGAGAAUCAUGUUGGGGAAGAGAAGGAUGACUCAUUUAAUUUGCAUAACAGCAACAAUGCUCACCAUGAGAGGGACAUAAACAGAAACUUUGAAAAUGAAAUUUCUCAAGAGAAUGGAAAUGCUUCAGUGAUUUCUCAGCAGAUCAUUCGAUCUUCAACUUUCCCUCAGACAGAUGUCCUUUCAAGUUCGCUUGAGGCAGAGCAUAGGUUGUUAAAGGAGAUGGGUUGGCAGGAAGACAGUGAAAAUGAUGAAACCUGUGCUCCACUAACAGAGGAUGAGAUGAGGGAAUUCCAAGUCAUUAGUGAACAGUUACGAAAAAAUGGCCUUAGAAAAAAUGGCAUUCUAAAAAAUGGCCUCAUCUGUGACUUUAAAUUUAGCCCCUGGAAAAACAGCACUUUCAAACCCACUAUUGAGAAUGAGGAUACAGAGACAAGCAGCAGUGACACAUCAGAUGAUGAUGAUGUGUGAAGAAUUUUCUAACAGCUUUAGAAGCUUGUGUGAUCUCAUGCAGGUUUGGGGGUGAAUUGUUCAAGCCCCCCACCCCCAAACUAUAAUUUAUGUAGAAAAAUACCCUGUUAGAGGAAGAAUGUUUGUUUGGACUUCUAUGAAGAAAACAAGGAAUGUUGUGUUGGGCCGUGAACAUUACUAUAAUUACUUUGUAAAUCAAUAUUGUAGAAUGAGGACUUUGGUUGAUCCAGCGUCAACUUUCUUCAUCACUGCAGCAUUUCUCGACUAGCAAUGUGACAAUGUAACAAAUGAGAUUUUCUCAUUUAAUAAUAAAAGCAAAAAUUGUAUAAUGUUUUGCAAAGCUUCUGUCUUAAAAUGUCCAGGUCUUUAACAAAAAGGGGCAACUUGACAGUGUUUUGCUUGCUGAGUCAUUUCUUUCUUACAAUGGAAACCCUCAAGUCUACUUUGUACGCAAAAAAAAUAUGGGCAAUGUAGCAUGUUGGCUAAAAUGAGCAAAGUGCACUAAAACUUUGUUUUCCUGAAUUGAGCUGUUGUACUGUUCCACUUUUUCCAAACAUAAUUGCUCUUUAGCCAUUAAUAGUUCAAUUAUUGUUACAGCAAAAGACUAUUGCUACAGUUCCAGAUUUAUAGAACUGACUUAAAAUCAAGAGCUUUAUUUGGGUGCUGCAAGGUCCAGGAGCCUGAGUGGAUGUUAACAAAGAUUUUUGUUGGAAAAUAAACAUUUUGAUAAAUUAUUCACAUGCAGAAAAAUUGAUUAUACUAACUGGAUCUACAUGGAAAAUAAACUGGAUUUACAGAA